AUGGGCGAAGAUGUCAAGCAGACGAUCAUCGAUACGCUUUCCCGCGGUUUUAUAUCCUGUUCGAAUUCCCGCGGUUCUUUAACCCCACGAGGAGGAGGCGAAGAAAACCGUUUCGGAGAUUCAGAGCCGGCUGAAAAAACUCCCGCCGAGCGAGAAGGGCGAAUGGGACGCGCUGCGGUUGGCGGGAAUCGCGUCGGGGAACGAGGAGAUGAAGGAAACGCGGGAAUUCUACCGGGACGGCGGGGACGAAAUGGGCCAAUAUUUGAUUCCCGUGGGACUGGAGCGGUUUUUGGCGUACCUGCUUCCGGUGAGCGAGCGAAUCGAAUUGAUGUGCGUGGAGGUGUUUGGAACCGCGGGGAAGCCGAAGGAGACAUUGGAGAAACGUGGAAUCGACGCGUCGCUGAACCAAAUUCUGAAGUGUGUGUCGGUGAAUUUGCAUUCAUUCAUCGAAAACGAGAACCAAAGUCCGUUCUUGUUUCAAUCGCAGAUCGAUUUAUUGGAGCUCGCCAUGCAGCACGGCGGAAUCUUGAUGCGGAACAGCGUGUUGUUCCGAUUGUGUCUCUCCGAGAAGCAGGAAAUCGAGGCCAAAUGGGUCGCCUUCGCGCGCGAAAUCAACCGGCACAUCCAAGAAACCAACGUAGAACCGCGGUACUGCGGCGUGCUGCGGCCCGUCAAGAUUCUGCCGUGCGUGGCGGACCGGAUCGUGGAAUCGGAGAAACUGCGUACAGUGGUAACGGGCCGCUUGAAGCAAGCGCUGGACAAAAGCGGCCCGAUGAACAACCGAAUGCGCGAAAUCCACAGCCAAUUGAACCAGACCAUCCCCAAUCCCGCGGGAAAAACCCCCGCGGGGGAGGCUGCAUGCGAUCCCCUCGCUCUCUUGGUGGAAAUGGGGAAGGCAGUGCGUGCCAAGGUGGAGGAAAUCGCGGGAAUGGGUCCGAAAUACACCAAUCUGAUCUUGACGGAAAACCUCCAAUUUUUGGAAUCCACGAUGGAACUUCGCAUCAUCGACGCGCUGAGCGGCGAAGUGCAGGCGUGGCGAGCGGCGUACGAAGAAGCGGAAUCGAAGUAUUUGGACGAACAAAUUCGGUAUCAAUUCGCGCGGUUUAAGGAGUUCUACGAUUCCACGAAGCAGCAUGUCACGGCGGAAUCGGAGGAGCAGCUGCCGUUCUUGGUGACGAAGCAGGCGUUUGCGAAGAACGCGUCGCUGGGAAAUGUGAAGAAGCCGCUGCGGAAGCUGCGGAGGCGAAUGGAGAAGCAUUUGGGAAC